UGGCUCCAUUCUGGAGUUUCCGUGCGCGGAUGGUUCGAGUGGCCCGCUAUUGUCCCACAUCGGGUCGGAUGGGAGACACUAAACAAAAAGAAGGGCGAGACAGACGAGCAGCAACACCGAGCGGCAGGAGCGAAGAAGAGCGAGAUUAGAGUCCGGAAGGAUAGACAAGUCUCCAUGUUCCAGCUGCCUAUUCUGAAUUUCAGCCCCCAGCAGGUCGCGGGGGUCUGCGAGACGCUAGAGGAAAGCGGCGACGUGGAGAGGCUCGGGCGCUUCCUCUGGUCGCUCCCGGUGGCGCCGUCCGCCUGUGAAGUCCUCGGGAAGAACGAGUCAGUCCUGCGCGCGCGCGCUGUCGUGGCCUUUCACGCGGGCAACUUCCGUGAGCUCUACCACAUAUUAGAAAACCACAAAUUUAACAAAGACUCACACGCGAAGCUGCAAGCUUUGUGGCUCGAGGCGCAUUACCAGGAAGCCGAGAAACUCCGCGGACGUCCGUUAGGACCCGUGGACAAGUAUCGUGUCCGAAAGAAGUUUCCACUGCCUAGGACGAUAUGGGACGGCGAGCAAAAAACCCACUGUUUUAAGGAGAGGACACGGCAUCUGUUGAGAGAGUGGUACCUGCAGGACCCUUACCCGAACCCCAACAAAAAGAGAGAGCUGGCGCAAGCGACUGGACUCACACCCACACAAGUGGGCAAUUGGUUUAAAAAUCGGAGGCAGAGAGACCGGGCGGCGGCGGCCAAGAACAGGCUACAGCAGCAGGUUCUGUCUGGUGUCUCGAUCAGAUCGCUGGGGGACGAUGACACCACAGGAGACCGACUGGAACCCGCCUCAAGCCCAGAGGUCAGUCUCUCGAGCAAGGCCGCCCCCUCCGCCAUCUCUAUCACCUCCAGCGACAGCGAAUGUGACAUCUAACCUCACAAGCUUCAAAAGAGCAAACAGGAGAACUGUAAGACUGAGACAAUCUAAAAAAACAAACUCCAGUGCCUAUAACCGGCCCAAGGAGAGCACAGAGCCUAAAAUGUGAAGGAUUGAAGGGGCGCGCGAAUAUUGCAUUCGUUCACAUGAUCGUGGAAUAAAUGAUUCUUAUCGAGAAAGCAUGCUUCUCACUACAACAGCCAAAGGGAUCUUUGGGGGGGGAUAUCGAAGGGCCGAAUUUACUGUUGUAUUUGUGUGUACUUCAUUAUGAAAAGACUAAAUACUGUUUUUAUGUUCACUUGUUUUUUUUCAUAUAUAUAGUGUUUAUUUACAUAUUUAAAAUGUCAUUGGUCCAU